CGCAGUUUCCGGUGCGCCAUUUUAAGCUGUCUGGCGCAAGUUCCACUGGGAAGAUGGCGGGUGAAACUGGUUGAUUUUUUGCGGUUUGCCAAAUUUGAGUUUUAUGCCGAUAUCCGAAAGCCGUCGCUGCUGUUAAUUGUGCUAAAAGCUCGGCGGUGUGUUGAAGCGCCGCGGGCGAGGAGGCGAUGUCUGCCGAAGUUCUCAGACCUGGGCCGGUGGCCGGUGGAGGCAGUAAGCUAGGAGAGCUGAUCGGGAAGCUCCAUGAGUAUUUGGCAGCAGCCACGGAAGACAAGACUGAAGCUACUUUACCUGGACACUGGAAUGGAACCACGGCCAAAGAAUACUUGGAGCAGCAGGCUUGUGCCCAGGACACUUGUAGCUGUGCGUGCCAGGGUGUAGGGGUACUCAUUUGUGUUUGUGUGUUAGGAGGAUAUGAGAUGGAGAGGGUGAACUGCACAGCGUGUGGUCAGCAGGUGAAUCAUUUCCAACGUGACUCCAUCUACAGGCAUCCUAUGCUCAAUGUCCUCAUCUGCAAGAGUUGUUUUAAGUAUUAUAUGAGCGAUGACAUCAGCAAAGAUUCAGAGGGGAUGGACGAGCAAUGCAGGUGGUGUGCAGAAGGAGGCAGCCUAAUUGGCUGUGAUUACUGCAGUAACGCCUUCUGUAAGAAAUGUGUUCUGCGUAACCUGGGGAGGAAGGAGCUUUCCACCAUCCUGGAGGAGGAGAGGAAGUGGUACUGUUAUGUGUGCAGUCCUGAGCCAUUGGUGGAGCUGGUUUUGGCCUGUGAUGCGGUUCUAGAGAACCUGGAGCAGGCUCAGAAACGAGCCUCGGGCAGGGCUAAUAAGGGUGGUCGUGGUGCGGCCUAUUUGAUGGGGCCAGGAGGUGGCCCAGUGCCCUCUGCUGGCCUUUACCAGCGAAUGCAGCGGUUUGUAGAUGUUACCACAUCUCUGAACCAUUCCUUCAAGGCAGUUGUUCAAAGCGAAAGAGAGGAGGAAGGAAACCAAGAAGAGAGAAUUGGGCAGCUAAGGAUGUUCCGCACUGUGCUGGAUGAUCUGCAAGCUGCCAACAGUGCAUUACAGGAAGCCCUGGACCAUGAGCUGACUGGGUCCAAACGUGGCUGUGGAGAAACACAUAAGCCAAAAGGGAGGGCCAGAAAAAAGAAGAGAAUGUCAUCACAGAGCCUAGGACUCACUAAAAAGCUGGUGGUUAAACUCACUCCUGUACCGGUCAGCCCACAACCCAUCAGCAGAACGUGUCUUUCCAUUCAUCCAUCACCUGAGAGACAAACGAUAAACAGUGAGGUGACAGAUGGAGCACUGGAAGAAAGAGAGACAAUGGUGGAAAUAGAGAAGGAGAAGGAAAUGGAGGAAAUGACCGAGACAGGAGAAGAUGUGGAAAAUUGUGUUAAUGAUGAGGAAGAGGAGGAUGAGGACCAAACUGACCCCAAAAAUGUGUCUUUAUCAGAGGAGAAUAAACGUUCUCCACGUGUGAAAACCACACCACGUCGUCGGCGGACGAACCCGAGCACCACAGCUGAGCACGCCGGUUCAGCUGAGGAUGACUCUGAUUCUGACGAGGUGCCUGAAGUGCUGCUCCAGACCACUGCUGCCAUGGCAAACAGCGAGGAAGAGGGUUUGUUAGGUAGCAGUUGGGACGGGGACGAGGACGAGGUAAACCAGCAAGUCAGAAAGCAGCGUCUCUUUGGACUGGUAAAAACGACACCUCCGGACAGAGGCUCUCGUAAGCGGAAUCUCAAAGAGAGAUCCUCAUCGUCCUCAUCAUCCUCCUCUGCGUCUUCAAGGAGGGGCUCCCAGGACCAGGGGUCAGUGGUCAGAAUGACCAGGGGAAGGGCCCGCAAAGUUGCCAGGGUGACGGGACAGAGCGGAAGUUCGUCAAGUGAGGUGGGAGGACAGGAUCUGGAGAGUGGGCCGAGCAGCGACUCUGACGAUCAGAGGAUCAAGCCGCUGACAGAGGACGUCACGUUGCUGGGCUCUGGAAAUUUCCAGCAGUCUUCCGGUGAUGAGAUAGACAUCCAGCCAGGUCCGUCUUUGUCUGUGGAGGACGAUGAUUUAGAAAAUAGAAUUGCGAAGAAGAUUCUGCUGGCUCAGAUCAGAGCUAACCUCUCCUCAGCAUCCGAGCUGGACACCAGCUCCGAUGAGCAAUCAGAGCGCACGAGAGAAGAGCAGAAGAAGAGCAAGAACAUUGACAGAACAUCAGAGACAACAGAAGAGGAAGAUAAUGAUGACUCGGACCGCAAAAGAAGGACGUUUUUUUUUUUAGUCAUAUUAGUGUCCGAGAAACCGGCUCAUAGCUUCACACCAUUGGUUCUCGAGCAAGAUGAUGCAACACAUAAGCCUGUGCUGCAAGUGCACUUGCACUUUCUGAGCAAACUCAAACCUCACCAGCGAGAGGGUGUGCUCUUCAUGUGGGACUGUUGCUGUGAGUCUGUUCAGAGUGUGAAGGCGACUCCAGGCUCUGGCUGUAUUCUGGCCCACUGCAUGGGUCUGGGAAAGACCUUUCAGGUCAUUGUGUUCCUUCACACAGUGCUGCUAUGUAAAGAGCUGCCACUGAAAAGGGCUCUGGUGGUUUGUCCUCUCAACACAGUGCUGAACUGGAGGAGUGAGUUUGACCAGUGGCAGAGGGGCUUGAGACCCAACAUACUGUGGGUGGCAGAGCUGGCCACGGUGAAAUCUGUGGGUGUUCGUGUUGAGCUCUUGAAUGACUGGUUUACGAAUGGUGGUGUGAUGAUCAUGGGCUAUGAGGUUUUUCGUAUACUGACACACACAGAUAGUGCCAAAUACAGCAAACACAAAGAAGCCUUCCGCUCAAUGCUCCUGGAUCCAGGCCCUGAUCUGGUGGUAUGUGACGAGGGUCAUGUGCUUAGGAACGCAGACUCCAGCAUCUCAAAAGCCAUUCGAGCUCUACGUACACGUAGGAGAAUCAUAUUGACAGGAACACCGCUUCAAAACAACCUUACUGAGUAUCACUGCAUGGUGAACUUCAUUAAGGAGAACCUGCUGGGUUCUCUAAAGGAGUUCCGGAACCGUUUUAUUAAUCCAAUUCAGAACGGUCAGUGCGCAGACUCCACCCCUGCUGAUGUCAGACUGAUGAAGAAUAGAUCACACAUCCUCCAUCAGUUGAUGUCAGGAUUCAUCCAGAGACGGGACUACUCAGUCUUGAUGUCCUGUUUGCCGCCAAAGCACGAGUAUGUGCUGUCAGUCCGGAUGACGCCUCUGCAGUGUCGUUUAUACACACACUAUCUGCAGAACUACACAGGGAAAGGAGCAGGUGUGAACAGAUUGUUUCAGGACCUUCAUGUUCUGAGUUUGAUAUGGACUCAUCCUUGGUGUCUUAAACUUGCUCAGCUGAGCAGGAAUAAGGGGAAAGAGGAAGAGCCGGCUCCUGUCUUCACAGGUCUGGGUGCAGGUUUGGUCAGCAAUUCUGUAAAUCCAAAUGAAUCUGAAAGGAGAGAUGCAACAAGCACAGGUUUAGUGGGUGAUGGAGAGAGAAAUACUGAUCCAGUCUCCUUGGUCAGCAGGUCCAAUCAAAAUCCACAGAAUCCAGAUGUCACAAACACAGCCACAAUGGAAAUUUCUGGUGGGGAAGCUGGAUUUGUUGUGGGUAACGGGCCAUCUUCCAACUGGUAUCUGCCGUUUGUAACAGCGGCUGAUGCCAAAGUGCUGGAGCAUUCUGGGAAAUUGCAGUUGCUACUGGAGAUUUUACACUGGGCAGAGGAACUACAGGACAAAGUGUUGGUGUUCAGUCAGUCUCUGAUAUCACUGGACCUUAUUGAGAGUUUCCUCCUAUAUGCAGAUGAGACCAGGGGGAAAAAAUGUUGUCCAUACAAAGGAGAGAAAGCAUGGGUUAAAAAUAAAGAUUAUUAUCGUUUGGACGGCAACACCAGUGCUUGUGCUCGCAAGAGAUGGGCUCAAGAGUUUAACAACACUAAAAACAUAAGAGGAAGGUUGUUUCUGAUCUCCACUCGUGCGGGGUCUCUGGGAAUCAAUCUGGUCGCUGCAAACCGGGUCGUGGUGUUUGACGCUUGCUGGAAUCCAUCAUAUGACAUCCAGAGCAUCUUCAGAGUCUAUCGCUUUGGGCAGAAAAAAACAGUAUAUGUGUACCGUUUUCUGGCUCAGGGGACCAUGGAACAGAACAUUUAUGAGCGGCAAGUUGCAAAACAGUCACUGUCCUCUCGUGUUCUGGACCAGCAGCAGAUUCAGAGACACUUCACACACAGUCAACUGAAUGAGCUGUACCGCUUCCAGCCAGACCUACGGCCCAGUGAACACACGGAAACGCCUGUGGAUGACAUGUUGGCUCAGCUGCUGCAGAGCUGUGGGCAGCUCAUAGUCAGUUAUCAUGAGCACAACUCAUUGUUAGACCACCGGGAGGAAGAGGAGCUGAGCGAGGAAGAGCGCAGAGCAGCCUGGGAUGAAUACCGUGCAGAAAAGGCCUCUGUACAGAACUCCAAUGAACUCACCCCCAGAAAUGCCAACCAGGCACUACAGCAGGCUCUGGCUUCUCUAAACUUCGCCUAUACAACCAAGAGUGUUCCUUCAACUACUUCAUUGCAUGUGAAACAAGGCAAUGCCGAAGGUUCUGCUGCUUCGGUCACUUGUAACAACUCCAACAUCACAUUUCGACUGGAGCAUCCCAAUGUGGUUUUCUCAGUUCCAAGAACAAACACAUAAACCGAUUCCCCUCUCCUCCUAAAGCAUCGUUUGUGUUGGGCCUGAUAUAAAUAAGCUGCUGUAAAUAUCGGCAAUAUGAAUGUAGUUUUAACAUUAGACCACUGAAUGGACUGAUGACGUUCAGGCACAUGUUUUAAGACCUCAAAGCAACUGUGGUGUUGUCAGAAUUUCUACUGCGUAAAUUUGAACCUUAAAGCAAAACCAAUUCCUUGCUGUAUUGAACGGUGUGUCUGAGAACUUCUGCGUUUCUAGCUACCUCAAAACCAGUAGAAGUAUGAAGAGAAGUCCUCAGCACAAGUAUGUGCUUUUGGACACGAUGGGGGUUCAGUAGCCGGUAUACAAAAAGACUUGCCAGUUUUGUUGCUAAUACGUUUUGUGUUUAAAUAUUA